GUAUUUGAGGGAGUUAUUCUGCUCAGCAGAAAAAGAAGCUGUGCGCUGCCUUGGUCCUUGGCACAUUUCCCUUCUCAUUCAGAUAGAUCAAAUUUCUGUCAGGGGUCCACAUGCAGCCUCAGAAGAUCCCGUCUGGAGGGAGACUGUGGUGAACCCAAGAUCUCCCAAGGCUCUCUUCACCUAUGAAGGCAACAGCAAUGACAUCCGAGUGGCUGGCACUGGGGAGGGUGGCCUGGAUGAGAUGGUGGAGGAGCUCAACAGUGGGAAGGUGAUGUACGGCUUCUGCAGAGUAAAGGACCCUAACUCCGGCCUGCCCAAGUUUGUCCUCAUCAAUUGGACAGGUGAGGGUGUGAACGAUGUGCGGAAGGGAGCCUGCGCCAGCCACGUCAGCACAAUGGCCAACUUCCUGAAGGGGGCCCAUGUGACCAUCAAUGCACGGGCUGAGGAAGAUGUGGAGCCUGAGUGCAUCAUGGAGAAGGUAGCCAAGGCCUCUGGUGCCAAUUACAGCUUUCACAGGGAGAGUGGCCGCUUCCAGGACAUGGGGCCCCAAGCCCCAGUGGGCUCUGUGUACCAGAAAACCAAUGCUGUAUCUGAGAUCAAAAGAGUUGGCAAAGACAGCUUCUGGGCCAAAGCUGAGAAGGAAGAGGAAAACCGGAGGCUAGAGGAGAAGCGGCGGGCUGAGGAGGCGCAGAGGCAGCUAGAACAGGAGUGCCAGGAGCGGGAGCUACGUGAGGCUGCAUGCCGGGAACAGCGCUAUCAGGACAGAGGGACAUGUGAGCAGCAGCAAGACAUAAUUUCAAGGAACAGAGUGGAGCAGUCUGCCAGCCCACAAACCACACAUGCGAGGGAGAUCUUCAAGCAGAAGGAGAGGGCCAUGUCCACCACCUCCGUCUCCAGCCCUCAGCCAGGAAAGCUGCGGAGCCCCUUCCUGCAGAAGCAGUUCACCCAGCCAGAGACUCCCUUCAGCAGAGAGCCGACUCCUGCUAUCCCAAGGCCCAGGACAGAUCUCUAUGAGGAGCUGGCGCCCAGCAUUCCUCCAUGUCUGGUGCAGGCGGAAGAGGAGACCGUGUAUGAGGAACCCCCAGAGCAAGAGACCCUCUAUGAGGAGCCCCCACUGGUACAGCAGCAAGAUGUUGGCUCUGGGCACAUUGACCUUCAUAUGCAAGGCCAGGGGCUCAGUGGGCAAGGGCUUUGUGCCCGGGCCCUGUACGACUACCAAGCAGCUGAUGACACGGAGAUCUCCUUUGACCCUGAGAAUCUCAUCACAGGCAUCGAGGUGAUCGAUGAAGGCUGGUGGCGUGGCUAUGGGCCAGAUGGCCACUUUGGCAUGUUCCCUGCCAACUAUGUGGAGCUCAUUGAAUGAGGCUGAGGCCCAUUCUUCCCUUCCCUCUCAGACAUGGCUUCCUUAUUGCUAGAAGAGGUGGCCUGAGAGUUAAGUUUGGCUCUUUGAGGAUUGGAAUCCCUAAUGAGGACAAAGCUUCAGGGUUCCUGGGCUUGGGUGGCUCGGCCUGUCACCUAGAUGCAGCAAUUACCUGGUGAUUUCCAGACAUGCUUCCUGCAGCCUUCCAGAUCCUUUCAGGCAGCUUGGCCCUUGACCCCAACAGGAAAUUGAGCCGAUUUCUGCCUGUGGCCAGCCCCUUGGUGACCUCUGAGAGUCCACUGCCAAGCUGGGGGCAGGGGCUCUGAGCAGAGGCAUCUGGAGGCUCCCAGCUGCCUUCUACAUUUGGCUUCUUUUUCUCAUGCUUGCAGGGGUUGGUGGCUGUUUAGAAUGACCUUAGAAAAUUGCUUUUAGCGGAAUGUGUGCACAUAGUCAGAGUGAUAGGACAAUUUUGAGUGGGGAAGCCAUCUUACUGGAACCUCCCCUGUGCCCCUGCUCCAUUUCUCUGUCCCUCUGCCUGAGCUAUGGGAAGUAGGGACAAGGAUGACCAACCCUCCAUCUCUGGGUACGUGAAAACAACAGACACAAUGUGCUCUUCUGUGUGGCUCACUCAUGUCUGCGGCCCCAGUGUGCACCUCAGCUGAUUCUGGCUUCAGGAAAAGUAACACAGAGUGGCCUUUA